AUGCCGGCCGCCUUGUUGAGGUCGACUGCUUGCUUGCGGCAGCAGGGGCAGCAGCACGGUAGGGAAUUGCAGAACCAGAAGCAAGAGGAUUUUUGCUCUACUGUCCUAGAGGCGGAGUUACUGCAGCUGCUCCGGCAUUGCCGCGUGCAAUUGGAACAGCUACAGCGCAAUCCCGGUGUCGGUGUUGCUACUCCAGUUUGGAGCAGCAGCAAUAACAGCAGCAGGAGGGAGGGCGAUAUUUUGGUGCCUUCGGAGUAUGCUGUCAAGUCAGCUGCUGCCUGGGCGCGUCUACUACAGAACCUGCAAACCCUUAUCUUGCUGCAACAGCGGCUGCAAAAGCAGCAAGAGCGGCACCAACAACAGCCCGAGGCAUCAGCGCCAGAAGCUGCUGCUGCAGCAAUAGCAGCGUUCGUUCAGGAAAUGCAGCAGUUCUGCAACAAUAAGAGCUGCUGCAACAGUAUCCGAGGGACGUUGAUGGCGCAGCUUCCAAAGAAAAGGGUGUACUGGGAGCAACAGGCAAAGGCACAGCACGAACAGCUGCUGCUGCAGCUAGUGGAUCGGAUGCUUGCGGAUCUUGAACUGUGGGCAGAAGAAGCCCCAAGCGACGACGAUGCAGCAGCAUCCCCUGUACCAGCACAAGUAGCAGGAACGGAACAGCAACAGCGACGGCAGCGGCAGGUUGUUGCUGAGGAAAGGCAUGAUAUUUUGCUUCUGGAGGAUCGUAGAAACCGGGAGCUGCUGCUCCCGCGCGACAGCAUUCCCAUGAGAAAAGAACCAGCAGCCUUUGUUGCUUCUCCCGCUGCACCACGAGCAGAAUCAGCAGUUUCCGACAACCAGCUAGAGGAGCACCUGCUCGACACAGCCAGUGAAAUGAAGCAAGGAGCCUUGAUGUUCAAGGAGCGACUACAGAAAGACAACAUUCUUUUGCAACGAACGGCAGCAACACAAGAAACUUUGCAGCAGCAGCAGCAACGGGGCUUAGAUGCUGCUAGGAAGCUACUACGCGUCUCCUUUUUCUCCUCGCUUAUGCCUUUACUCCAGUUAGCCAUAUCUCUGGCUGUCACUGUAGCCAUGAUUUCAUUCAUCCUCGCCACUCCUGGAUAG